AUGAUGCGAAUGGGGGACCUGACACUCCAGCCUACACCUCCUGUUCCGCCUGAGAUCGAAGGGUAUCUCAAGAAGCUGAAGCGUAAAACGCGAAGCCUUGCUGGUAACUGGAACAAACGCUGGUUCUUUGUGGACCCGAGACGUCGAGAGUUUGGGUACUCAGACAAUAAAACCAGUGCGCCACGAAGUUCGAUCUUCCUCGACGAUAUCACUGCAGUCGUGCAGUUUGACGAUACUCAUUUCCAGGUCGAGAGUCGUACCCGCAACUUCUUCCUUUGCGGAGACAGCAAGGCGAGUACAGCAUGCUGGGUGACGAGUCUAGAAGGCUACCGCAAGAAGCUGGUCGAGUACGAGAAGCAUAAAAUCGCUCAUGCUGCAGCUACAGCCACGGCCGCUGCGAAAGCUUCUGCUGUUGCAGCUGCAGUUUGCAGCCCACAACAGUCUCCUGUAGCUGCACCAAGGGGGGAUCGACAGACUGCCAACAAAAAGAAGAAGAGUCGAGAUUAUUCGGACGAUGACGACCGUCGACCAACACACAGUUCCUCGUCUUCCUCGUCGAUAAGUUCGACAACUUCAUCUUCAAAAUCCAAGCGAGAGAAAGCAGAUUAUUUACCGUCAGACCGCUUAUCAAAGAGCGAGCAAAGAGCAGCCUCACCACUGGCCAAAAACAACAGAAAGUCUAGUAGUCGAAGCAAAAAUCGAUCUCCGCCUCCAUCUCCAACCGGUGAAAAGCGGAAUCGCGAUCGUCGCCGUGAACGAGAGCGCGGCCGCGAUCGGGACCGAGACCGCAAGUUUGAGCGUGAGCACACACGCGAGCCAAGCAACGAUCGCGACCGAAGCAGAGAUCGAGAGCGAUCAUCCAACGGUGAUCGCGAUCGAAGUCGCGACCGAAAUGCUCCAGCUCCUAGCGGCAGGGGGUCUGUUAUGCAGGCGUGGGUAGAUGACUUUUAG